CAAACAUGCACGAAGAACGUAAGGGAAGAAGAGAUAUUAUUGGCUGUUGGAACUAUGAAGUCUUCCGAAAGUCUUUCUUUUCUUCAGUAUUCAUAUCGUUGUCUCCACUUUACUCUCUUCCUUCUCAGAUACACGCAGGCAGGCUCACCGAUUUACUGCUAAAAUCUUGAAAAUCCAUUUUUAAGUCUUAAUAGGAUCAUAGAAUUACUCCUCAUUUGUGCUGUUCAAGUUGCUGAUUUCUUCAUUCUCAGCUCAAUCCUACCUGGGAUAGACAUCGGAAAAUUCUCAGGUAUGCCCACGCCCUUCUGGUAAACACGGACGAUCGCACCGCUGCACAUAAAGGCCUAUUCAUGGAGGCAAAUGUGUAAGUGCUGUGCUGAUACUAGGAUUUAGCUAAGUGGUGGAGAAAAGAUGGGGUUUCUUAAUAUAUUACAGUGUAUUCUUUGCUCUGAGGAAGAGGAUAAGCUUGAGAUUGAAAGGAAUCGGUAUGGAUAUUUUGAAAUUGCUGGCCGUGAUAAUGAUUUUGUUUCUUACAUUUGUUCUAAACUCCAGUGGAUUAGAUUCCGACCAACCAACACCGCCACCACCAAUGCAGCAAGAUUUCACAAUGAAAAUAAUCAUCUUUCUUCGAAUGCUUCAUCCAUUCAGUCCCAAGAGACCAUUUUCCAAAGUUCUAUUCGAGUUAAGUCACCUGGAAUUGUUGAGUACAAUUAUAGGUCAAUAGAGUCUGGAAAGAAUAAUAUUGAUCAUUCGAAUGUAAUUAAGAGAGAUCAUAAUCCGGAGAGAAAGGUAAACAAGCCCUAUGAAUUUCAUCGUGAUCAGAAUUUGAAAGAUUCUUCCUUAUCCUCGUCAUCAUCAUUCAUGAAAACAGUUCAAACUCUACCUUUCGAUCCUCUGAAGCCAAUUGAAGGGGUUCAAAAGGGAAAAGGAUUAGCCCAGAAUGUAAAUUCAGCUUCUUCCCACGAAUCUCAGUCUUCCUUUAAAUUCCCCAUCACAUUGCAUUCGUCCAGGUCACCUCUAUCAUCAUCUUCUUUGUUAGAAAACUUAAAAGGUUCGGCUCCAGUCACUUCAUCAUCAUCAUCAUCUUCUUCCAUGAAACCAGUUUCAACACGACCUUUGGAACCACAGAAAUCAAUUGAUGGCUGUCAGAAGGGAAAGGGAUUACCCGAGAAUGUAUCUUCAGCUACUUUUCGAGAAUCUCAGUCUUCUUUUAAAUCUCCUGUUGCAUUGCAUUUGUCUAAGUCAUCAUCGGCAUCAUCUUUGUUAGAGAGAUUUCCUUCACCAAAACCACGUCCACUAUCCACAAAGCCAACCUUGUUACCGACCUCAGCUCUGACAUAUCAGCAGGGAACAACUAGUUAUAUAUUGGUUGAGGGUUCAUCUACCUAUGCUUUUUCGGAGGACAUCAAAAGUUCAAUUGAAAAAGAAAUUGUUCCGGGAGUGCUCAAGAAGCCUUUGUCUAUGUCGACGUACAAAAAUUACUUCCAUGCUCUACUUUAUGCCGAGGAUUGUUACCUUGAGAAAUGGGAUGGAUUUGAGAUGAAGAAUGUAAAUCUGGAGUUGCACAAUGCUGAAAUCCUUUUCAAGAUCGGUUAUCUCUCAAGGAAUAAGCAUAAGGAAAAAGAUAAAAAAAUAUUUGUAACAUUUGACGUUGGAACAAACCGGCCAUUCCUGUUAUCUAGAGACUUCAUCUCAGUAAGGCUUUCGAAUGGGAAAGGCAAAGAAUUUCAGGGUAGUUUCUAUCGUCUGGUGGGGAAAAAUUUGCUCUUGGCUGAAUUUGGAGAUGAUUUUCACGCUCAUUAUCAAUCAGACCACAAAUACGAUGUCAAAUUUUCAUUCAAUAGAGUUUGUUUAAAGCGGGCACACCAUGCAAUCGCAGUUGCCUCAGAAUCCUUAGGUAGAAACUUCCUCUUCCCCGAGUCCAUUCCAGAAAAUAAUGUUACCUCCAUGGAACUGUUUAUUGACCCCAAACUCGAUAAGCAGCAAAUUUCUUCUCUUCAACACAUCUUAAGCCUCAAGGGCUCACCUCCUUACCUCAUUGAGGGACCAAUAUCUGUAACUGAAACAAAGGCAUUGUCGAAACCUGGACUAUUAAUUGCAGAAGCAGUUGCCCAAAUCUGUCGAAGUUCCCCAUCAAAUCGAAUUCUUGUAUGUGCACCAUUAAACCAAACAUGUGAUGUGCUAAUGAGAGGCCUCCAGCAGCGGAUUCCGAAGUCUGAUAUGUUUCGAGCCAAUGCAGCAUUUCGAGAGUUGGAUGGAGUACCCUUCGAUAUCCUUCGGUCCUGCUCAUAUGAGGAAGAGGUCGAGUGCUUUUCGUGUCCUCGUCUUGAUGAACUCGAAAAAUUCCAGGUAAUCCUUUCCACUUUCAUCAGUAGCUUUCGACUGUAUGCUGAAGGACUGAAGACUGGACACUUUAGUCAUAUUUUUCUGGUAGACGCCUCAUCGGCCACAGAACCUGAGGCUAUGGUGCCUCUGGCGAACUUUGCAAAUGACAGAACAGCCGUCAUAAUGACUGGUACACCAAAGAGGAAUUCAGGUUGGAUUCGCUCUCCUAUUGCAAGAAAUAAUGGAUUGAAGAUUUCCUACUUUGAGAGACUCAGAGAAGGCAAGCUUUACCGAGGCCUUGAUCCAAAGUUUAUAACACUACUGAAAAAUUCUGCAAUAAAAUCUGAUGAUACAUUUGGAUCAUUCCACUGAAAUUCCGUUUCUUGUACAAACAAAAUGGUGCUUGCAUGUUUAUGUAUUGGUUCCUUGAGUGCAAGUUGCACUGAGAUUCCCCUGCAAUUGUAUUUUUCUUUGGCACCUCUGGAAAGUCUCUGUUGUUUGAUUACCUUUGUAGCAUGUUUGGUACUUAAUAAACAGUCGUAUUCUCGAGCA